AUGCCCGACCUUGCACUAACGCUCGUCUCCCUUCCUGCCCGCAGCACUGACAGCGGCUGGGACAACCCUUUCCGGCCCGAUGGCAACCUGAGCAAGGAGGCGGAUGAGAUCGUGGAGCUGAUCAAGGGCGGCAAGCCCAUCACGCCGACGUCGGGCGCCGCCCCCGCGCCUGCCGCCGACGCCCAGCCCGCGGCUGACGGCGCCGCCGUCGUGGACGGCGCGUCGCCCGUGAGCGCGUCGCCGCAGCACGCAGCAGCUCCAGGUUCUCCAACUGCAGUUGCACACACUGUGCCACAACAGAAUAAUGCUAAAGUGGGAGCUAAUGGAAAUGCAGCUACAGCUCCUGGGGGAGGUGGUGGUGGAGGAGGUGCUGGAGGCGGUGUCGCCGAUGGGCAGAAGGCACCUGCAACACCAGGCAACUUGGAGGUGCAACGCGGCACAGUGGACCCGUCGCAGGCGGUGGAGCACGUGGUACUGAAAAAGAAGCAGAAGUGCAAGUGCUGCGUUAUUCAGUAAGCUGGGAAUGUAGACACAAUUUUACAUACACCAUAUUUGAAAGCUUUGAAAGAUAAUUUCUUCUUUUAUAUAGUCAAAGCUUUUACGCAAAGAAAAAUAUUUUACAUAUAUAAUUUCUGCGGUCACUUUAAUUUUGUAUGUCUCUAAAUUUGUUCACAUAUUGCAUCCUUGUUGCUGUGAUCUGUCUCGUAAGGUUGCAAGCAGGUCAAGGUAUGUUUUGUACUGGAACUACAGAGCCUGUGCUUACCUUCUGCUUUGUGUUCCCUAUGUGCAGCCUGGCUGGAUAAGCAUGCCAGAACAGAGAAAAUAUAUAUAAAUAUUAUAAAUAUUCUGAAUAAAUGUGUGUAUAAAGUUUAAUAAUAAUAAUAAACUUUCUUAUACAAAAAGAGGAAAAAAAUCAAUUUAAGAGAAUUGUACAGUUAAUGUUUUGUCUUGUGCUGUGCAUCGUAAUAUAAUUUCUAAUCCUCAGCUUUUCUGUGCUUUUGAUACAGAGACAUUAAUAAUAAUUGUACAGGAAAUAAUAUGAGCUCCAGAGGCAUCAUAGCACUGUGUAGACAAAAGUGUCAUAUUGACUCGCUCAUGUGUUCUCACGGCUCAGCCCGCAAUUGCUGCUGGCAGGAGCGUUUAUUGCAUGAUUAAAACAAAUAAUCUUUGAUGCACUUAAUUCUGUCUCCUAUGCUUUGUUCAUUUCAUUUUUGUCAUAGUUCUGAACAAGCUGUAGACCAGAUUUUUAGAGAUGCAUGAUGCGAGUGAAUAUGGUCUUAGUUUUUUGUUGUUCCUUGUUAUGUGAACAUUAAUUCUGUGAACUUAAAAAGGGAUACACCAAAGACUUCCUACUGUGGACUUCUGUGAACAGAUGACUGUAUUCUAAGAAGACUGAGGCGUGCACCGGCCGGCAUCAGCCACAUAAGCAAAUUUGCAAGUUUGAAGCAUUCAGUGACCUUCCAGAGGUCUGUGAGAAUUGUAACUGUUCUGUUGCUGGCCCAAUACCUAACAGGUCCUACAGAAAAGAGGACAACCAUUCUAAGGUUGCUGAACAAAUUGUGAACUCUACCAAUUACACAUAGAUAAUACAUAUAUACAUAUAUUUUAAUGGUAUACAUAGGGAAAAAGUAAGAAUUAUGAGAAUUUUAAAUAAGAAAGAACCUAUUGUAAAUUUCAGGAAGCAGAGAUGUUACAUGGAAUUCUUGCUUGUAUUAUACUAAAAACUUAGUGAUCAUGUCUUAACUCAUUUAUGUGUACAGUAUGCUUUCUUCGCUGUGUAAUAUGGGUGGGAGUAAGGGGUGGUGUUGGGUAGGAAGUGGGGCAGUCACCUGUCUUUGCUUAUCCUUUUCUGGUCCGAAGGCAGGUGCUGAUUAGCUGGUCGUAUAGUUCUGGUGAUGAUGGCCUGCUUUGUCUCUGGCCCACUGUAGCCUGCCCUGCUCUACCUCGUUAAUCUGCCUUUGUUGUCGGCCUUUAUUUAUGGUUUGUAAUGACAUAUGUAAACAUUUGGGAAGUUCAGGUCCAGUUGGGCAGGACACGUUGUGAAGGUGCAUGGAUGUAGCUACACCUCGUUGAUCUUUGGUAUACUAUCUGUGGUUGAUGCUAGAAGUUUUCCUAGACUUUAAAUGCAAUGGGGAGUUUUAGAACUUGGCAAUUGCCAUGGUGUGUGUCAGUUCUGUUACCUGGACUAAUUGUUUUAAACAAUUAUAAUUAGUCUUGUGUAAUUUAGCUACUUGGUAUUUGUAAACACAAGUACUAUUGCUGCACAACCUGGACCUGGUACUGUUAGCUAACCAGACCCUCUUUGCUGCAGUUUCUGUUGGUCAUUUAAACACAGUUCAGUUUUAAGGAACAAAAAACAUUGCCGAGCUUCUUCUUAGGUGCUUAUAAAUUGUAUGUAUAGUACCUUGGUUAACUCCAGUGUAACUUAUAUGGUUUAAUAAAAUAAUUUUGAAAAUAUUG